GGCAGGAGCAGGUUAUUCAAAGCUGGACGGUACUAUCCUCAUCGACGAAAGAAUUGGCCGGCUCGCAGAAAGAGGGAGGCUCUAGGCCAAUUGGCUUUCGGUAGGGAGAAACUCGAUUGGCCCUCGAAAGGGGACCUGCCUAAAUUGCCUUCAAUCUAAAAUCUUAUUUUAGGCGGAGGCUGAAGCAACACCAGUAGUAAAUUCGAACGUUGGCCAAUCAGCUCUUCCCUGGGACCACCAUCACCUUGCCAACGAGGGCGGGACGAGAGGCAGGUCAUCGUUCUGCAAGGAAGCUGACUGAGAAUGGAAGAGACCACUUUGAAGAAGGUACUAGUGAAACAAAGAAUGGAGACCAAUGAGAAAAUAAACUGCAGUGGAAAAAAUAACAUCUCAUCACACAGGAAGGUUUAUCUGGAUUACAAUGCAACCACCCCUCUGGCACCAGAAGUGAUUGAGGCAGUUAAAGAAGCCAUGCAUGAAGCAUGGGGCAAUCCUAGCAGUUCUUAUGAAGCAGGUCAAAGAGCAAAGAAGAUCAUAAAUGAAGCUCGUGAAAAUCUGGCUAAGAUGGUGGGUGGACAGUACCAGGACAUUAUCUUCACUUCUGGAGGGACAGAAGCAAAUAAUUUAGUGAUUCAUACUGCAGUGAAGGAUUUUAUGAGAAACAGCAAACAAAGUACUGUUGGGACAAGCGAAAGCCGUCAAGAGAAGACUCUAGGGACACUGCCACAUAUCAUUAUAUCUUGCAUUGAACAUGAUUCAGUUCGUCUCCCUGUAGAGUACCUAGAGAAGGAACAGAAAGCUGAAGCCACUUUUGUCCCAGUGUCAAAGGUGACUGGACGAGUGGAAGUAGAUGAUGUUGUUGCAGCAAUCCAUCCAACUACAUGUUUAGUUUCUAUAAUGCUAGCAAAUAACGAAACUGGGAUUGUGAUGCCCAUCUCAGAACUCAGUCAGCAGAUUGAAGUUAUCAACCAGAAGAGAAAGGCUUCUGGUCUGCCAUGGAUCUUAAUACACACAGAUGCAGCCCAGAUGAUUGGGAAGGGUCAAGUGGACGUACAGGACUUGGGAGUAGAUUACCUCACUGUUGUAGGGCACAAGUUUUACGGCACACGUAUUGGAGCCUUGUAUGUGCGCGGACUUGGUGUCAGCACUCCUCUUCAUCCCAUGCUGUUUGGAGGUGGGCAGGAAUGGAGCUUUCGCCCAGGGACUGAGAAUACUCCAAUGAUUGCUGGUCUUGGCAAGGCAGCUGAACUGGUGAAUGAGAACUCUGAGCUAUAUGAAGCUCACAUGAAGAAAGUUCGAGAUUACCUGGAGGAAAGGCUUGAAAUUGUAUUUGGAAGACAAAAUAUCCAUUUUAACUGUCGACUGGAGGGCUCUAAACGACUUUGCAACACCUGUAACUUUUCCAUAUUGGGUUCGGGUCUACAAGGCUGGCUGGUGCUCUCACGCUGUAGGACUUUGCUCGCCAGUGUUGGUGCAGCCUGCCACUCUGAAAAGGGUGACCAGCCGUCAGCUGUUCUGCUUAACUGUGGAAUUCCUUAUAAUGUGGCACAGAAUGCCUUACGCCUCAGUGUCGGCCGUGAUACAAGCAAAGAAGAUGUGGAUCUGAUUCUAGAAGAUUUGAAACAGGCUGUGGCUGGGUUACAAUAGGGUGGAUACUCACAGUCAACAAAAAAGAAGAUUCUGUUCAUCAAUGUCAGGAAGUGAGCUUAUCUCAUCUUUAUACUCCAUUGCUCUAUGUGCCAUAUUUACAUUUGACAUAUUGAGGGCUAUUGUGUUCCCAUCAGUACUUUGAGACAGGAUUUUUGAUGAACAUCCAGUAAUGUGUUUUACAGCUCUUGAAUACCUCGGACCACUCUCUACAUCUAUGAGCACUGAUUUUUUUUUCCUGGAAUUCAGCACCAGUAAAUGCAGUUGGUGAAUUACACCAUUUAACAAGUUUUAGCAAGUAAAAGGAAGGGCAAGGAAAUAUUUCCACUGGAUAUUUAGAAUUGUUCCCGAGUAGAGAACUAAUGUGAAUAUAAUAUUUAGAAGGUAUAUGCAUUUAUUUACAUGAACAUACACAUAUAUGCCAGACACAUGUAUACAUAUAUGAAUGGUCAAGUAAAUCUCCAAAUUUGAAACAAUCAGGGAUUUGCCUUGGAGAUGUCAUGUUUACCACAAAGAUGCAUACUAAUAAAUUGAUCUACUUUAAUAAAGAAAGAAUGUAUAAUACAUCUAUUAUGUAUAAUACAUCUAUUAGAAUUAAAUAGCAGAAAGAAAACCAGAAUGCUUUCUUCAAGGCUACAUAGAGGCCUGUUUCUUUCCCUUCAACUUAGCCUUAAAGGGUUAUUUGCAGUUUUAUGUAGCUAAAUUUGCUCCCUUGAGUUGUACAAAAUAAAGAUGGGAUAUAAAUCUAAUAAUUAAUUGAAGAAUAAAUCAUGCUGAAGGCAAUACUCAUGGUAGGAGGUCUGAAUCAAGAAUUAUUGCUAUCCCUUUCUGCCCUGAAUGGCAAGAGGACAGAAUUACCCACAGUGGUAAUUCCCUUUUGAGAGGAAGCAAUUGCUGUGAUAGAUGCUGGCUUUCGCUGUUGCUUUUUGUCAUAAAUCAUAAAAAGUCGUAAAUAACAUAAAUUGUAAUGGGAUGUGAGAAUGACCUUGGAAGACAGGGUUGGGGGAUGCUGCCUAGGGAACAAUCAGAUAAAAGUGAGUGGAGCCCUCAACUGAGUAACGGGCAGAAAAAGAAACUUACAAAGGAUCAGCCAUAACUUGGCAGGUGGUAAAAAGGGACGGUGGGAGUUUUGUACUUUCAGACUUGCAUUCUGCUAUUGCAGCCUAACAAUAAAGUAGAAGUAGCUCAUCUUGUUGUGUUUUCUGUCUGGUUUACUUGGGAGGGCUGAUAUCAAUCUUGCAAGUUCAGCCAUCCCUGAUCAGUU